AUGUCUAUCCCGGAAACCCAAUGGGCUCAGGUGCUCGAGAAAACCGGCACCUACCCUGUGUACAAACAAAUCCCCGUCCCCAAGCCCGGCCCCGAUGAAGUCCUCGUCAAAAUCCACUACACAGGCGUCUGCCACACAGACUUGCACGCCAUGAAAGGUGACUGGCCCAUCCCAUCCAAAAUUCCCCUCGUCGGCGGCCACGAAGGCGCAGGCGUAGUCGUUGCCAAGGGAGAACUCGUCAACGUCAUUGACAUCGGUGACCAUGCUGGAGUCAAGUGGCUGAAUGGAUCAUGUCUGUCAUGCGAGUUCUGCAAGUCAGCAGAUGAGUCUGUUUGUCCUGAUGCGUCGUUGUCGGGGUAUACUGUCGAUGGGACGUUCCAGCAGUAUUGUGUCGCCAAUGCAGCGCAUGUUACUAAGAUUCCCAAGCAUGUGCCGUUGGAUGCUGCGGCACCGGUGCUGUGUGCUGGCGUCACGGUUUACAAGGGAUUGAAGGAAUCUGGGGCUAGGCCCGGCCAGACUGUCGCGAUUGUCGGCGCGGGCGGCGGUCUGGGCUCCUUGGCGCAGCAGUAUGCGAAGGCCAUGGGGCUGCGUAUUGUGGCUAUUGAUGGCGGAGAUGAGAAGAAGGUUAUGUGCGAACAGCUAGGUGCGGAGGCGUUUGUGGAUUUUACCAAGUCCAGUGACUUGGUCGAGGAUGUCAAGGCUGUCUCUCCCGAUGGAUUGGGUGUCCAUGCUGUUCUUCUGCUUGCGGCUGCUGCGAAGCCUUUCGAGCAGGCGACGGGGUAUGUCCGUUCGCGGGGGACAAUCGUUGCCAUUGGAUUACCAGCGGAUGCAUAUCUCAAGGCGCCUGUGUUCAAUACGGUUGUACGGAUGAUCAAUAUAAAGGGAAGCUAUGUCGGGAAUAGGCAGGAUGGUGUGGAGGCGAUUGAUUUCUUUGCGCGAGGGUUGAUCAAGGCUCCGUUCAAGACUGUGCCGCUCAAGGAAUUGCCGCAAGUCUUCGAGUUGAUGGAGCAAGGAAAGAUCGCCGGGAGAUACGUCUUGGAGAUUCCCAAGUAG